UGGUGGGUUGGCUGUACCGGCUGCUCAGCAGCUCACCAGGCCGGGCAGCGACAUGGAGGUGGCCAUACAUAGAUGGGUGACGAAUCCAGGGGCGCAUGCUAGUGAAAUAAAGGAAUUCUUGAGAACCCUUCCACGCCUUAUCAAGGAUGACAUCAAGGCCAUUGGGAACUACUGCUGUGCUCUAGAGAUAGCCUCUGGGCUGACCAUUGGGGAGUUACUGGCACAUCUAUGUGACACCGCAAUGGCCGUCAGGCGAGUCCGCCACACCCGUGUCUUCUGCGCAGCCACCACCAACCUGUUGCAGCGCAUGUGGGGGAUGACACCUGUCUCCAAGGAAACGGUCAUGUGCUUCUUUCAAGAUGUCGACUUCGCCGCGGUGGUUGGGGAGGAUCGUAGUGCAGCGCUCCUGGCGGAGUGCCUGGAUAUGGCGCCUGACGCAGGAUGGCAGACGAUGUGUCAAGAGAUUGUUGACAUCAGGAGACAGUUCAUGAGCACUGUUAUACGGAACCAGUUCAUAACAAGUGCAGUUUUCUCCGCCCUGUCACUGUGGCAAUGCCGUCAGACCACCGAAGAGCUGAGGGAGGUUAAAGACAAACUAUCGAGCGACUACGACAGGAAACUCACCAACAUCAAGUCCAGGCUGGACAAAGCUGACAGGGAUUUUCGAAGUAUUUUGGACAAAUUUGAACAGGAGGACCAGACAGAUCCCAUCAUGCUCCUGGACGUCAACAUGCUGACCUCUGAUCUACGGAAUAUUAGUCAUGACCUUGAAUUGCUCCGAAAUGACGUCAACAAGGAUCGACGUGACGUAUGUGGCAGGCGGAAUAAGCACCUGAUAGCCAUGAUUCCAUGUGCAGUUGGAGUAGCUGGGGCGGCAGCGAACCUGCCCCUGGCGUUCGCUGCCGGGGUUACAGCCGGUUACAAAGCUCUGGCUGUGGCGGGAGUCGUGUUGAACGGCGGGGCGUUAGCCGGGAAUGCCUACUGCGCCAAGAAGUGUCAAGACACCAUCUCUCUCAUAGACGACAGGCUGGGCGCCAUAGCGGAGUACGAAGACAGGGUGACAAAGGCCUUGGAACGUGUCCAUGAGCUGCAGCAGGACAUGGAACAGCACGCGCGGCAGCAGGAGAGAGCCCACCGCAGAACAACCAGGCGGAACGCCCCUUGGAUCAUUGCAUAAAAUAUGCCACCAUAUUCCCUUGUUUCUUGGCAAAUAUAAAUUCGCCAGUC